CCGGAGGGGCCCUGCGGUCUCGCUGCGUCGAGGCCGGGCGCCCACCCCGCUCCCCGCCGCUGCCCCCGGGAGGCCGAGUGCGCGAGCGGUGCGUGGCUCCGGCCGCGUCCGCCGGCCCCGGCCCAGAUCCCAACCUAGCCUGAGCUCCGCGACCUUGGACACCCGGUUGACCUCUGUGAGGCCUGUUUGCAAAGUGGGGCUAGUGGCACCCGCUGCCCUGACUUGUCGCGACGGUCGCCUAGGACGUGGGAAAGGGCCGUGCGGACCCAGGAGGUUUACGCCAGCGACGUUUUGCCACCAUGGAAGGGGGCUUCGUCGUCUUUGCUGCUCGGGCCAGCAGGGUUAGGGCUCAUCAGGGUUCCUGGCAAUCCUGCCACAGAGCGUUUGCCUUGGAAGGGAGGGUAGGAGAGUGGGAGGGGCCCAGGAGCGGCGCCUCCAGACCAGCGAGGCGGGAGGGAGCCAGUUCUGUUGAGGCCAGGGCCCAUGGGCGCCAUCGGGAAGCUCACAGACUGCUCGGAUGCUCAGCAAAAUGCAGCGAAGGGCAGUCUGCCAGCUUCUGCUUUCAGUUUCAGGGGGAGCUCAUCUGUGGGCCUCGGAGCCAGGAGCCCCUCGUCCCUGUGCUUAAAAAGACUCAGGCCAGAACCGAGAUGUCAGUGCUCCCCCGUCCUCCCGUGCGCGCCGUGCGUCUCAGAGCCCCAGGGGCCCUGGGCAUCGUCAACAGCGGCCUGAUCCCCUCACUGGUGUGGAAGCUGCAGCGGGAGGAGGAAGAAAUCCAGGCGCUCCUGCUGGACACGCUGGCCGCCUGCCUCACGGAGGAUGCCACCGAGGCGCUGGCCAGCCGUGCGGUGCCCUUCCUGAAGGAGAAGCUCCUGAGCGCCAACAGCGGCAUCCGCAGCAAAGCCGCCCGCACGCUCAUCGCUGUCAGUGUCCCCCUGGAGGGCAAGGUCCAGGUGUGGCAGCAUGACGUCAUCCCCAUCCUGGUGCACCUGCUGAAGGACAGGGACGAGGAGGUGCAGGCCAACGCGGCGGGGGCGCUCAUGAACGCCGCGGUGACCACCGAAGGGAAGUAUGCAGCCCUGGACGUGGAGGCCACCCAACCGCUGCUGCAGCUGCUGACCUCGUCUCUGAGCAAGGCGCGCCUGAACGCCAUCAAGGCCCUCACCAUGCUGGCCGAGGCGCCCGAGGGCCGCAAGCUCCUGCAGUCCCACGUGGCCACCUUCCGGGUGCUCGAGGAGGACCUCAGCCCGGCUGUGCAGCGGGCGGCGCAGAUCGCCAUCAAAGUCAUCGAGUGGAAGCCCUGAGUCUCCUACCACACCCCCGGCCCCGAGACUCCACGCCCGAAUAAACGCACGGGGUCUCUCUA